ACGAGAUGACAAGAGCAAAACGCCAAGUGGAUACUUUUUACUUUGGUGACGUGUGGAUUGGACUGACUAAAGGAGCUGACAUGCGUUGGGGCUGGUCUAUGGGAGAGGACACUGUAUCCGAGUACAAGAGCACUGGAAAGAUAUAUUCCAGACCAUUCAGAGUCACAUGGAGAGAGGCUCAAGACAACUGCAGAGAGUGGUAUACUGACUUGGUCAGCAUUAAAAAUGCCCGACAGCAGGACUCGGUUUCCAAUAUCAUUUAUGACAUCAACACAUGGAUCGGGCUGUUUAGUGAUGCCUGGAAGUGGUCAGACGGAAGUACUACCUUUUUCCGAAACUGGGGAUCAGGAAGACCGCUGAGCCUGUUUAACAUCUCAAACUGUGUUGUCAUGCAGAUGAAUUAUGAAGGGACGUGGGAUGAUUCACUCUGUGACCUGAGGUUGCCUUUUAUGUGUUACAAAGCUACCACACUGAAGAUAAGACAGGUAGUUAAAGUCAAAGUGAGCUCAGAUGAAAUGACGGAUUUGAACGAUCCCUCGGUGAAAGCAAACCUUUUAAAAAAGAUUAAAGAAAUACUGGAAAGAUAUGGGAUGGUCAAUAUCACAAUUCGCUGGAAAGACAACGAUGGAACAGUCUUCCGACUGGAAUCAGAUGAUCUAAAGUAAUAAAGAAACAUUUGAUGCUGCAAAUAAAAUGU